CUCUGCACACUUUCUUGUGGAUAUUCCUUUGUGCUGCUUCCGCACACAGCCUUGUCUCGCACAGCAUUGUGGGAAAGCGGUAAAUCCAGUCCGCCUGAGCAACUUGUGUCAACAGAGGGGUUUGUCAAAGUUAAAGACUACAGCGGCGAUUUGUCCAACACAAAGUUCUUUUCACCAUGGCUGGGCCCAUGACAGAUAGCCAUCGAAGGUUUUUGCAGACCAUGAUGUGCAAUGGUAUAGUGGAUGGAUCUAAAGCUAAAACUCUCCAUCGACUCUGCUGUGAAACACACAAAGGCAAUUAUGCUCCUGAUAAGCUGGACGAGUUUGUCAACAUUAUCAAUACACAGCUCCAGCCAAUGUUUAUGCAGAUCAGAAAGGGGAUGUCCGAGGAAGAUGGCCAGCAGUAUUAUGCUCUGGUGAAUCUUGCGGAUACAGAAAUAACAAGAAUGGCAUCUGAUUAUUCAGACAAUGAAUUAGAGUUGUUCAGAAAAGCAAUGGACCUGAUUGUUGAAUCUGAAAAUGGAAUGGCCUGCUCCACAGACAUUUUAAACCUGGCGGAUAAACUCCAGUCAAAGAAAAUGAAAAAGAAAGAAGUAGAAGGGGUUCUUCAAAGGCUGGUCGUAGACAAGUGGCUCUGUGAGAAAAAUGGAGAGUAUACACUGAGUACCCGUUGCAUUAUGGAGAUGGAGCAGUACAUACGGAACAUGUACCAGGAUCUAGUCAAAUUGUGUAACAUCUGUCACAACAUUGCUAUACAGAGCCAGAUGUGUGAAAACCCCUCAUGUGGAAUAAAAAUGCACGUGCCCUGUGUAGCAAGGUAUUUUCGAGGUCGCACUGAACCGCACUGUCCUGCAUGCAACGAGUUCUGGCCUCAUGAGAUUCCAGUGAUAAGUAGGUCACAGUCCCAGAUUCCUUCACCUAGUCAACCAGCGUCAUCAAAAGAAAACUCCGCUCCAUCCACUAAAACACCACGCUCCAGCAGACUGAGGAAGUGAAGAUAUUUUUUGUUUAAUGGGAAUGUUAUCAUUUCACAAAUUGCAGAAGAAAAAAAUAAAAAUAAAGCAUACUUCAAAGA